GCACCCUUGUCGUAGCUGCGGUGUGUGGAGCUCGUGGGUCGGUAGUGGGCCAGGUUCCCGUCUUGUCCUGCUCGUCCCCGGUCCGUUCCCCGUCCUCGUUCGGUGUCUGUUCGCCGGAAAGGCGGGACUAGGUCACCGAGCGUCCUGGCUGGGACGUACUGGCAAGUGUGUUGGGUUCGUGUUGCCGCCGCCGCUGACGGCCCGAGAGCAGAGUAAGUGCGCACAGCCCCGGGCCGCGGGAGGCCGUGAAGCGCGGGGAAGUUACCUUAGCGGGGCACUGCUCUAGAAUCUUCCUUCCAGAAAACUGCCCCCCCUGAGUUAUUCCGUGGGAAAAGAUGAUCUCCCUUAGAGGCGUGCUUGUAUCGAGACUUGAACUCGGGGCCUGCGCGCGGUCCCUCAGCCUUUUCCACUCAAGGCUGGCGCUCUACCACUUCAGCCACAACUCCACUGCUGGCUUUUUGGUCGUUAAUCGAUGGUACUUCUUUGGAGAUGAGUUGCACAAUUGAGAAGGCACUUGCUGAUGCUAAAGCCCUGGUGGAAAGGUUGAGAGACCAUGAUGAUGCAGCAGAGUCUCUGAUCGAACAGACCACAGCUCUCAACAAGCGAGUAGAAGCAAUGAAGCAGUAUCAGGAAGAAAUACAAGAACUUAAUGAAGUUGCAAGGCAUCGACCUCGGUCCACGUUAGUUAUGGGAAUCCAGCAAGAAAACAGACAAAUCAGAGAACUUCAGCAAGAGAACAAAGAAUUACGUACAUCCUUGGAAGAGCAUCAGUCUGCCUUGGAACUUAUAAUGAGCAAGUACCGAGAACAGAUGUUUAGACUGCUAAUGGCUAGCAAAAGAGAUGAUCCUGGGAUAAUAAUGAAGUUAAAAGAACAGCAUUCCAAGAUUGACAUGGUCCACCGUAACAGCUCCGAGGGAUUUUUCCAUGAUGCAUCUCGACCCGUCCCUGAAGCACCUCAUCAUGGCCUGGAGAGGAGGCACUUGGAAGCAAAUCAUAAUGAGUUACAAGCGCAUGUUGAUCAGAUAACCGAAAUGGCAGCGGUAAUGAGGAAAGCCAUUGAAAUUGACGAGAAGCAAGGUUGCAAGGAACAAGAACGGAUAUUCCAACUCGAACAAGAAAACAAAGGCUUGAGAGAGAUUCUUCAGAUCACUCGAGAAUCGUUUCUGAACUUGAGGAAGGAGGAUGUAUCUGACAGCACGUCCUUGUCAGCCUUGGUCACCAAUAGUGACCUGAGCCUGAGGAAGAGCUGAAGGGAGCCCGGUCUGCAGCCUCAGGCUCAGUGUUGCUGCUUACCAGAACUGGCCUGUGAAUGUGAAUGUGAAUGAAUGAAUGACAGAAAACUCACAUUUCAAUCAACCCUUUUUCCCUGUGUAUAGUAAGUACAAGCCAGGCGCAUGUGACUUUCUCUUGUAAUCCUAGUUCCUAAGGAAGUUGGGAUCUGAGGGCUGUGGUUUGAAGCAAGGCUAGGCAGCAAAAUCUGUUAGGACUCUUUAUCUCCAAUUAACCAGCAAAAAAUGCAGUUGUGAUUAAAGAGGUAGAGCUUCAGUCUUGAAUGAAAAAGCUAAGGGACAACAUCCAGACUCCAGUAGUGGACAACACACACAUAAC